AUGAGCGGCUGCGGCCUGGGCGGCGGAGUUGACUCGGACGACCCGUUUGACUCAGAAGAGUCAAUGAUGGACUUCCCUGUGCCGCCCAUGCCCGUGCACGAGAUCAUGCGCUGCCUGCACUCCUCCGCUGCUGAAAUGGCCGCCGAGGACGGCAACCCUGAAGGGGUCGUCCCUGAUGCUGGCAACAAUGGUGCCUCUGACGGCGCUGUUAACCCUACCACAUGUGGUAACCCUACUACUUCCGGUAACCCUGCCUCUGCUGUCCCUGGCCGAGCCACUGCUGCUGCGAAGGACGGGCGAGAGACUGACAGCACUCCCAUGCAGGCACCUACCUGCGCCUCUCCUCGGGGCUCCACUGCUGGUGCCAGCCCUGCCGGUUUCACCCCUGCUGGUGCUGCAGGGCUGGCUUCAGCGGCCUCGUCAACUGAUUCGUCGCCGCUUACAGCGGGCGCUACUGCCAGGGCGGGGCAGGUAGCUGAGUCAUCGAGUGAUCGGGCGGACAGCAGGAAGUGUCUGGACGAGCACAACAAGGCCAUCAGCUGGUGCAUGCUCGUGUUUGCCCAUGCCAAGCGGUGGAGGGAGCAGAAGCAGAAGCGGCAGCUUGGUGCAGCCGAAGCAGGUGGGCCGAAGUCAAAGAAAGCACGGCACAAGCAGCAGGAGUUACAGCAGCAGCCGCAACCGAAGCAACCACCACUCCAGCAGCAGCCGCAGCAGCAGCAGCAGCAGCAGCAGCAGCAGCCACAGGGCCCACUACAGGUGUCACCACCAGUGGCUCCCCAGGUGCAGCAGACGACACCACAGCAGGUGUUGCUUCAGAUGCCACAGCAUGCACCGAUUGUCACACAGCAUGCACCAGUAGUCCCCAAGCAAGCAUGCGCCCCCUCUCAUCCUCCUCUUCUUCGCAUCAGCCAGCAUUGUCCCUGUCCCGCAAUCCUUGUGACUCACCCUCCCACUCCCCACCCUCCGCCCCCCUGUUCCUAUCCCACUGCCCCUCACCCUGCUCCUCUCACUGCUCCUCACGCUGCUCCUACCACUGCCCCUCACGCUGCCCUUCACACUGCCCCUCACACUGCCCCUCACACUGCCCCUCACACUGCCCCUCACACUGCCCCUCACACUGCCAUUCCCACUGCCCCUCCCAAUGCCCCCCACACAACCCCUCCCUCUUCUUACCACCGCCCUCCACAGCAUCCCUCCCUCCACCCUUCCCUUCAGCCCCCCCCAAUUCCACACCACCAUCCGUGUUACACUUCCCAGCAGCAGCCACACCAUUGCUCAGACCCACAGUGUACUUGCAAUACCCCUCUCCACCCAUCUGCUGCACUUCUAACCUACCCAGAACCAUCAGAACCGCGCGCUUCUUGGUCUACUACAACUACCCUGGAACCUCUUCCUGCAGAUUUUCCAUGCCCAUUUCCCGUCCCUCAUUGCGCAUCCUCCAUCCCUCCUUCAUCACAAGUCCGGGAUGUAUUUCUGCACUGCAGUCCUGCAGUGGAGGAAACCACGGGAUACCUGGCUCUGUUGCAAUCUCCUGAAGCUGAAUCACCUGAUAACCACGUGCUACAGCAGAGGGGAUUCUGUACAGCACAAAUUCAACGGCGCGGAUCUGCUUAUCAACAAGAGGCGUAUCUCCAAUCAACGGCCCAGGGGAACAGAGGUUCCGUGGUCGUGUAUGACACACAGGUGAACGCUGAAGGGCGGCCCUGGCUGCACCAAGAAGAGCUGGGUUGGGGGGAGCAGCAGCUGCGUGAGGGGUGGGAGGAAGCUUCUGAGUCGCCUCUGGGGCGGCUUGCACAAAGCCGAGAGGAGGGGGGCUGGCAGCAACAGGCAGAGUCGCAGUGGGAGGCUCAGAGGGAGGCACAGCAGCAGGCACACGGGCACGAUUCAGUUCUGCUUCACCCUUCCUCUGCCUUCCCUGUGAACCCUUUCACUUCCCCGCAUCCUUCUCAUCAAGGAGAGACCUUCCCUCUGGCAUCAGUCUCUGACCUGAAGCCCUGCAGCCGAGCGCUCAUCUCUGCUGCUCUCCAUCAUGACAUGCUCGAGACGAGCAAUCAGCUCGCUGGGUCUGGUGGGAGCAGCGUGGCGGAAAGCACGUGGAGCAUGCAUGAAGAUGCGGGGAAAGAGGGGUUUUUGGAGGAAAUUGGACUCAGUAAGGCACAACUCAGUAAGGCACAUAGUGUGGAUGGGAGCGAGAGCACCAGCUGCUUCAUGCGUUUUGAUGAUUUUCUGGGCACAAGCCCGGGUAGGGAUGCAUGCAGUGGCAGACCGGAGCAGGAAGGCAAAGAGAGGCUUCAGAGUGCUCAUUGGAACCACCUCGAUAUGCGGGGCACUCCCGGUGAAAAUCACCACGUGGCUCAGAAGCCCAUCCCCAGCCCUGAACCGCCUCAAUCUGCGGGGCACUCCCGCCCGAUGAAAGCCACUGCGUGGCACAGCCACCACAUCUCCAUUGCGGCUUAA